UUUCUCUUUUAUAUUUUUCUCACCUUUUAUCGCUACUUAGUCAAAAACUUAUUUACUAUUAUUCAUCAUGUUCUCGAAACCCAAUCCUUUUGAAGAACUUGUUAACUCUGCUACGGAUGAAAACCUUACUUCAGAAAAUUGGGAAGCCAUUCUCAUUGUAUGUGAUAGAGUUUCCAAAAGUCCUCCUGAAAGUGCACGAGAUUGUGUGGCUGCUGUACAAAAGAGAUUAAGUCAUAGAAACGCCAAUGUCCAAUUGUAUGCUUUAGCGCUUUCUGAUGCUUUGGUAAAGAAUUGUGAUAUUACGGUUCAUCGGGAAAUCUCUUCUAGAUCAUUUACAAACACCUUGAAUAAAUUGAUUCAUGAAAAAUCUACUCAUGAACAAGUCAGGAAAAGAUGUUUGGAAUUGAUUCAAACAUGCUCUUUUGAAUUUAGGGCUGAUUCUUCUCUUGGAUUGAUGAAUGAUGUCUAUCACUCUUUACGUGCUGAAGGUAUUCAAUUCGCAAAUCCUCAAAAACCAAAAAAGGAAUUCACUCAGACAGAAUUGGACAAACAAAAGGAAGAAGAGGAAUUUCAAUUGGCUUUGGCAUUAUCGUUAUCCGAAACUGAAAAUAGAUCAACUUAUCGCGCUUCAUCAUCAACAUCCACAGCUGCUCCAAAAAGCUCUAGUACCAAUACCACUACUACUACCACCAAUACCAAUGCAAGUCAACCUGCUGAAACUACUGAAGAACCCAAAGUGUCUCGUGUUCGAGCUUUAUAUGAUUUCCAACCCACAGAACAAGGUGAACUUGGUUUCCAAAAAGGUGACAUUGUUCGUGUGAUUGAAAGUGUUUAUCGUGAUUGGUGGAAAGGUGAAUUACGAGGCAAAACUGGGAUCUUUCCUGUGAACUAUGUGGAAAAAAUUGUCGAUCCUUCUCAUGCUGAUUUGAUGAAGGAAGCUCAAAUGGAAUCCGAAGUGAUGAGUGAAAUCAGAAAUGUGGAACGACUCUUGGAUAUUCUAUCGAAAAUCGAUCCCCACAAAGAUGCAUUCUCUGAAAAUGAUGAACUUCAAAAUUUGUACAACAGUUCUUUGGCCAUUCGUCCGAAAUUGGUUAGACUUAUUGAAAAAUAUAGUCUGAAGAAAGAUGAAUUGGUGGCGUUAAAUGAAAAGUUCUUGAAAGCACGUACUAUGUAUGAUCAUAUGCUUAAUGAUUCAAUUGCAAGAUACUCAACUCCUGGUGGUAAAUAGAAGAGAAUAAUAAAAAGGGAUCUUUUCUAACGAUUCUUCAUUUUAGUGCCUAAUGGAUCAUUUGGUGGGGCCAAUUAUCAAGCACCAACAGUUGAUGGUACGUUCCAAGGAUAUGCCAAUCAACCUUAUCAACCACAACAAACAUCUCCAGCACCUAUUCAACAACAAGGAUAUGCCAAUCAACCUUAUCAACCACAACAAGCAUCUCCAGCACCUAUUCAACAAGAAGGAUAUGCCAAUCAACCUUA